AGAGCUUAUGAGAUGCGACAAAAAAUCAAUCGCUCUGGAAAUUCUCUACGAUGUCAUGAAACUGAGACGCAACAAGCAAUGGCAGAAAGUGCUGGAGGAUCUCAUGAUGCUUUUUGUGGAAUUGUGUGUAGAAUUGCGAAAGAAUCUGCACUUCCGCAAAGUCAUCUAUCAAUACAAGAAUAUCAGCGUGAUGGAGUAUACCUCCUCCUUGAUUCAAGUUGUUCGAUAUUACUUGGAACUGAUAAAAAAGAAAACCGAAGAAGCGCAGCAAGAAUCAAAAACCAUCCUAAUGGACGUUGAAGAUCUGGACGUCCUGGAAACUCCAGAAAGUCUUAUGUUGAAUGCGGUCAGCUUGGAAGGCACUCAGGACAGAUCCACACGGACUAUCUUAAUGCCGUGGCUAAAAUUUCUCUGGGAUUCCUAUCGCCUAGUGCUCGACUUGCUUCGCACAAACGUCAAAUUAGAAAGCCUUUAUCAUUCUGUUGCCAAUGAUGCCUAUGAUUUUUGCAUCAAAUAUGGACGGAAAGCUGAAUUUCGAAAGCUUAGCGAACUGUUGCGUUUGCACACUCAAAAAAUGCAGAACCAAAUUCAACCAAGUGCGCCCAAUUUGGUUAGUUUGAAAAAUCCGGAAACCCAAGUGCUCCAUUUCGAAACUCGUUUACGUCAGCUCGAUUGUGCUAUGGAGCUGGAGAUGUAUAACGAAGCCUUUAAAACCGUGGAGGAUAUCUGGGGUUUCAUGGCCAUGUCCAAAAAGAUAACCAGUCCAGUGCUAUUGACCAAUUAUUAUUCGAAAUCAGCGGAAUUAUUUUUACGAUGUGGCUGUUAUCUGUACCACGCGGCUGCUCUACACAAACUUCUCUUUCUCUACCGGGAAUACAAAAAGACAGUGACGCGUGAGGAGCUAUCUGCCUUAGGUUCACGCGUAUUAUGCGCCACUCUAGCCGUGCCCCUUCCCAACGCGAAAGUAAAUUCCGACAAAUUUCUUCUUUCCGGUGAAUAUACCAUGAUGAAACAGAAAACGCUUGCUGGGCUUCUACGUCUUAUGCAAGUUCCUACUCGUCAGAGUCUAAUUCAUGAUAUGGUCCGACACAAAGUGACUGCGAUGGUCCCAAGCGACCUAGCCGACUUAUACCACGUUUUGGAAGCUGACUUCCAACCGCUGACACUUUGGGAGCGAUGUCAGUCCGCCCUUGGCGUAGUCCGCAAUUCCCCUGAGUUGAGCCCCUACAUCAAUCUGUUGCAUGAAGUGAUUGUGUCCAAAACUUUGCUUCAGUUGUCCCAAGUGUUUCGGAGCAUCAAGCUCGAUGAAUUUAUGAAACUAUGUCCUUUCAUGGAUUCAAUCAGCUUGGAGCGAUAUGUAAUUGAACUGAUUCACAACCUUGAACUCCCCAUCCGAGUGAAUCAUCGACUACAAGCCAUUCUUUUCGAUGAAUUCACCGAUUUGGGCAUUAGCCAGUGCGAAUAUGGAGGACAGUUGGUGUCUCAGGCCACUCAUGUCAAUGCACCGGAUAAAUUGUCGAGACAACUGACUAUAUUUGCUCAGGUGAUGCAGCAGAUCACGGGGAUGCUGGAUGAGAACCAAUCCAUGCCUGCUUAUCGACGCGCUCUGGUCAAAGAAUAUCGUGAACACAAACAUCAUAUGCACAUAGAGCUCCUCAACCGCCGUAAUUAUAUUGAGGUUCGCAAAGAAACAGUAGAAAUACUGCACAGGGAGCGCGACCAAUUUUUCAUGGAAGAGGAGGCACGGCGGCAGCUGGAGCAGGAACAGCAGUUACAGCACGAGGAACUUAAUCUUCUGAAGGAGGCAGAAGAACGGGAACGCCGUAAGACGGAAGAGGAACAAGCCCGGCUGAAGCGUCGCAUUGCUCAGGGGAAUUAUAAUUUGUUAAUGGAGCACAAAUUAGGCACCAAGAUUGAGCUUACAGAAGAGCAACUUGAUCAGUUCGAUGCGGACAAAAUUUUAGAGAAAAAGACAAUGGAGGUUAUAAAGAAACGAAAGGAAGUCGCAGAGAAGGCCAAGGCCGUGGCAAAGAAGCUGGAUUACUACACUCGCGCCAUCCGACUGGAAGAAAUUCCUCUGCUAAGAGCUGCGAUUGAGCCUGAGGCACAAAAAGCUCGUGAGAUGUACGAGCGUAGCGUUGCAGAACUGGAGGAGCAUGCUAAGACGGAGCAUGCUCGACAACUGAAGGAACGUAACCGGUUGAUUCGCAUGAAGUCGGACGUUCAGAUGAUCGUAAGUAAGUAUAAAGAGGCCCGCGAUGCUCGUUACAAAGAACAGCUGGCCGAGUGGGAGCUCUUAUGCGACACCACGCGGGCUCAACGCUUAGCCGAGCGAAAAGCCAAACUGGAGGCAGAAGAGGCUGCUGAAGCUGCACGACGAGCUCUUGAGGAGGAGGAAGCAAGGAAGAAGGCGGAGGCUGAAGCCGAAAUCGAGCGAGCCAAACAGGAAAGAAAGGCUGCCGAAGCAGCUGCUCGCGAUGUUGAACGGGCUGAUGAAGAACGCCGAAGGGAAGCUGAGCGAGAUCAAAAUGCUCCCGAACGUCCAAUGGAACCAUACUUCCGCCCUCGUCCCCCCAUACCUCCCUCCUCGCGAUAUCAACCAACUCGUGCGCCCGAAUCGACUGGUACGGAUUGGGUUCGAGGCGGCCAAGUUACAGCACCCGCCCCCGCCCCCGUCUUCGAUUCCAGUCUUCACCGUGGUCCUGCUGAUACUGCUCCCAUUUGGCCCAGCAGGAGUCCCAAGAAGAAUCCGGUUACCGAUUUCGACGGUUCUCGUGAUGACGAUGCUGGCUGGAUUAAAGCUGACGGCAAGCCCCGUCUCGAUCAAGGCCCAGGAUUUCGGCCGUCAGGACGAGGGCGUCCGUACCGUCCUCCUGCUCAGCGCGCUUUCGACGGAUUUCAAGCUGGUCGCAACGUUUAGAUCGGACAUGCCGCAGCCUGUACUUGACAUCCUUAUUACCUAUCACUGAAUGUGGUUGCUAACUCUGAUGAUUCAAACUACAUCCUCUUUUCUUUUUAUCGUUUCAUCUGGACCGCCUUCUCUAUGACUCUCAUAACCAAUGUGAAAACAAUCUGUUGACUGCACGUGUUUCUCUUGAUUUUGUGUGCUACGGUGAAACGGUUCUUCUCGUAUGUAAUGCACAGUACAGACUAUGGAUUUUGAUGCUUGUUCUGUUGUUCGCCACCGGUACUGGGUCGCCUCAUCUUUCUGCAUAUACAUUCUAACGUAAAUGUAUUUGACCCCUCUUUCGUCACAUAUUCAUAGGCCUUAGAACGCUUUGUACGAGGGAACGUCAACUGUCACAUCUGGCGUUUUUAACAGUGUGCGUGUUCCCAUUUGUUCUAGUGUAUAAUGACUUUGUACGGAUUAAAAAGCACGGCUUUGCCGUAAAAUGGUAAUGAAGAAAUGCAGUUGGUACUUUUGCUGUCAG